AUGAGCAGUACCGCAGUUCCGGCGGACAGUCGCAGCAGAGCCGAGCCGCCGCUCGAGGACCGGACACGGAUACAUCAUCAUAGCCUCGACAUUCUCCGGUAUCUCUUACUGCGGUUUGAGUACUCUGGUGUGCCGUGGCCUCUUCCGUCCAUUCACAACAAUCAUAAAUCUGCUUCUUCUCUCUCGUUCAGGUUCAGAGUCGUUCGUGGUUACGAGGUCAUUAUGAUGCGUUCAGGAAACAAGCCAAAUGGGGAGGGAUUGACAUUGAAUGUUGGCCAACGCCAGAAACUAGUCCACUAUGUUGAGGAAAGAGCAAAUGAGGCUAUCCGUUUUUACCAGCAACUGUUUGGAACUGUGAAUCAGGAAGUUCAGCCAAACAGAGCUCUCAUAGAAUUGUUGUUGAAUACUAAACUUACUCUGGAAGAUGGGAAUUCUCUUUAUGGAACGGUUCUUGCUAUGGAAGUGAAGGAGGAAUUUGCUGUGGAUCCAAGUAAAGCCCCUGUUCCCGAUGGCUGGACAGAUUCUCCAUUCCGCCGUGAAACUGAAGUUCAGGCUAGAGAUAUCUUGCAUUGCUUUAUCUUUGAUGAUACAGAUUUCACCUUUAGGAACUUGAGCAAGAACCAUCUUGAUGGACUUUUUUCAGCUGAAUUCGUCUAUUUAGAAGAAUGCAUUGCUCUUCAGGGGAUGCUUGAAAGGGCCAAACUAGGCCAUGGUUUCACAGAAGGCGAGCUGUUGCUGAACAAGAGCAACAUAGACCACGGAGGCAAGCGAGAAUGAUCACUAAUAUAACACCGUUCAUAUCAAAGUUGUCCGAACUGGAACUUGUUGAUUCGUUCAAUGCCAUUCAGGGAAUGCCACCAAUUUAUGUUCUUUAAAUCAGGAGCUGACAUUACUCUUUUUGCUGUUUUUUUAUGUAUCCUUCCUGCCUUGUACAAUGAGUUCUGGACAGUUUUUGUUCUUUCAAUGAAUUCUCCAUUUCAACUGUCGAAGUAAUAUUUUGCUUGUUAGAAGCUGUGGACAUUUAAGCAGCGAUGUUAAGAAUGAAUUAAUCCAUUGGUAGAAUGCAGUUAGGCAAGAA